CACACACACACACACAUACACACACACACACUUAGAGACAGGCGCAUGAGUGAAUAAACACACAUUUUAAUGAGGUGGAAGUGGCACACGCAUAAAUACACACACACACACACACCUCGUGGGUGUAUGAAUCGUCGCUGGAGCUGUCACUGUCGCCUGAUCCUAGGACGGAGAGGAAGAGAGGGGGAGAAAGGAGGAGUGCAAACAAGAGGAGAGAAUGAGAUAAGAACAAGAGAAGAAAGGGAGAAAAAGAGAAGGAAAGAUACAGAUGAGGAAGAGAGGAAUAGUGCAGAUUGGAGGAGAAAGGUAAAUAAAGACGGGAGAAAAGAGGAGUGUGGACGUAGCAGGUUGACAUUUAUUGUCUUGUCCUUUAGGCAGAAGUGAACGAUUUCUGCUAGACAGUCCAGCUGCAAAGUCAAAAUUGUCAAAAUGUAAAAAUUCAAGGUUAGGGGUAUGGUUAGAAUUAGGUUUAAAAUCUGAUUUUAUGACUUUGUGGCUGUGCCAGAUAGUGGCCACUGCAGACCUGCCUCCAGAACAUGAUUCGUGAGAAAAAACGGUAACUUGUGUGGACGAAUAGAGAUAUUGAUAGGCACCGAGGAGAGAGGAACUGUGAACAGAGAGACUGAUUGAUAGAGCGAGGUCAUAGCAGGUGUGUGGUUGGAGAAAGAGAUUGAUAGACAGAGCGAGGGAGGAGAGGCGUGAUGCGGUGGAAGAGAAGGAGGUCUCCAGGACAGGGGAGGCCGGAGGAGGAGAAAGGCUCUGACACAACAUUCACCAUGCCCUUCUUUAGUAGAGCCAACACCAACUUGGACGCAGAGUCGAAGCGUAGUGCGGCUUCGUCGUCGACGGCGACAUCGGCCCACUUCCGGUCUCCAUGGCAACAGAGCGUGAAUGUGUUUGGCUCGUGGAGCAGGCCGGACUGUGUUCAGGAGCUCCAUCAGGAGGCUCAGCUUAACCUGCAGAGCCUGCUGCAAGACUUUGAAGAGCAGCUGUAUGACACCAAGCUAACAGGCCAGACGUUCCGCCACCCAACAGCUUCCUCCCAGAGUUCUGACGACACGUCCACCACCCUCAGUCGCUCCCCUGUCUCCCUCAACAACAAGAGACCUGAAUUCAUCUUCCUGCCGGCGUCUAAGGGGCAGGUGUGUGAGGAGGAUGAGACCUCCUCAGUAAAUAUCAGUAGGGGUACAGACCCGUCCCCCUCUCCUUCCCCAUCCCCCUGUGGGUCAGAUCGCCCUCUAGUGGGGUGGAGCAGCACCUCCCUGGGACCCCCCGUGGCCGAGAAACCUCGUUGGCACCUGGGACGACGCACCCCCGCUCAUCUGCUAUCCCUCGACAUCACAGGUGAGGGUAAACUCUUGGGCGUAGACCUCCUCCAGGGAUCCUGUUCCCCCUCUCCGUCCCUGGGCUGUGGUGGAGGAGGCCAGCCCCGGUCUCUGGAGCCUGUCACAGACACCCCUGUCCAGCACAUACCCCUGAGAAAGACCCAUAGUGACCUGGACCCCAGCUUCAGCCUUCCCCAGUCCCCCAGGAACCCCCCUCCUACCCUGGGCACCAUGGACCACUCUGCCGCCCUCCUCUGCACCAACUCCCCCUCUCAGUCCUGGAACGGCCCCAAGGGCUCCACCUUCUCCCCGGGAGCCUGGAACGAGGCCUAUAGUUAUAGUUUAGCUCCAAGUCCGCUGGGGAAGGGACCGGCGACCAUGCCCAAGGGAGCAAGGAUGGUGGGGAUGGUUGCGGGGCAGGGUGGGGAGUUGAUGUGCCCCUCUCAGACCAGUUUGGGACUCUCCGUGAGCUCGGGGUCACAGUCUCACUCUAGUUCGUUCACGUCAAUAUCAGAACCUUCCGGACACAGGCACCCAGGCACCAUAGGGAUGAUGAUGGGGAGGCGGAGCGAGACAGAGGGGGCGGCAUCUAGCCCCACUGACGAACGGAGUGGUCUGGAGAGAGGGAUGGGAGGAGUCGAGAGAAGGGAGAGGUCGGCGCGUUCUGUCGCCGCCGCCAAUGCAUUUAAGUUCCGUGAGCGUUCUCUUUCCACGCCGACGGAUUCCGGCUCGUUCUGCUCCACGGACAACAUCUGCGGCGGGAUGUACGGCCUCGGUGGACUACCUGGAGCCGGUAAUGGGACAAAUGGGAACGGUGGCGGCGUUUUAACAGAGAUGCGCCACCCACACCACCAUUACCCUGGCGGCGAGGGGGGUGAGAGGGGCGAGAGCUAUGCCCUCUUCUACCCCAGCGGGAGCUCCGAGGAUGGGAGCAACAGCAUUGACAACGUCUCCGUAACCGACGGCAACUUCACCCCGGGCGGUCGCCUACGGUUACGUUCUCGCUCCAUCUCGCUGAAGAAGUCCAAACGCAAACCCCCUCCACCCGUCCGGAGCGUCUCGCUCGUGAAGAAUUUAGGAGACGCCGAGGGGCGCGUGCAUGGCCACAACGGAGGGCACUACCGGGACGGCCGCCCCAAAUCCCUGCACAUCCCCCGGGACCACCUCCAGGACUUCCAGCCAGACUUCCUCCUACCCUCCUCCUCCCUCUCCAAGGCCGAUCUGGAGGAGCCUGAGCUGGGCCACGGCGGCGUGGACGGACCCCCUAGCCUCGAGGUCCACGGACCAGACACAACAGAGCUGUCCUUCCCAGCCCACUGGCAGCUGGAGGAGUGGAAAGCUUCUGAUCCCUACAGGUCGUUGUCUGGGUCUAGUACAGCCACAGGGACGACUGUUAUAGAGUGCAUGAAGGUUCGGGGCAGCUCCGAGUCUCUCCUGGACUCUCCCUCCACCUCCAGAGCCACCUCCCCCUCCCUGCUCUCCAUUGAGGCAGAGUCGACCAAAGCUUCCUCCCCCUUCAAGCCACCAGGACUCAUGUCCCCCUCCAGCGGCUACUCUAGCCAGUCAGAAACUCCGACGCCCAUCACCCCCUCCAACCAGGUGGUAGGAACACCAACAGGGCCCGCCUGCACGUUGGGGUGUAAGAUGCGCCCCAAAAUCCCAGAGAGGAAGUCUUCGUUGCCAGCUACAUCACCACGGGACCCUGCCGCCCGAUCGAGGCUGUCCUUCGAGAUGCCGGUUAACGCUCAUCUGGAUUUGUCCUCCAUCAAACCAAAACAGAAGGCCAGCCGGCGCCAUUCUGACACGUCCACCGCCAGUAAGCCCGGUAAACUGAGUGCUGGCAGCCAAUCAACUCUCCCAGUGGUGACCACGAACGAGCUCCGGAACAUCCGCCUGCGUUCUGUCUCCCGUACUGACCUGGAGGACUGCCUUGAUGGAGCCUCUAAUGACAUCAUUGAGGAGGAGCAGGGUCGCGACCUUUCCCCCCCUCCUGUCACCCCCGGUUGCAUCCCCGGCCCCCUCGUUGCCCCCAGACCCAAACCCCCUGUGGCCUUCAAGCCCCCAUUACCCAAACGCCCCCUCAACAUCCUCCUCAAGUCCCCUUCCUCCUCCCCCGUUGCUUCCGACUCCCCCCCUGCCUCCCCUGUUGACCCUCCCCGGCCCAUGCCUAACCCCAGCAUCUACAUGGUGGUAGGUAGGAAGCCCAAGCUGAAGAAAGCCUUCCCUCACACCCCCACCAGCCCCUUUAGACCCCAGGAACAUCCCCAAACCUUCCCCCUCCACUACCCCCAGAGCCUCUACGAUGCUUCCUCCUUCCCCCACACCCGGUCCCUGUACGAUCUGCCUCCUCUCCCCCUGCCCCAGCCCCUCCUGGAGGACCCCUCCAUGGAGCCGGAGUUCAACCCUGACUUGGAGCUCCGUCUUGGGCCUGAGGAUGGAGGAUCACUCCCCUCUCCCUGCAGUAACCAGGAAGUGCUGGAGACUCAGGAUAAGAGCAAGUCUCUACCUAGCAGGAUGACCAUAUCCUGUCUGGCUGAAUUGGACAAGAAGAAACCCAAGGUUCCUCCUCCGGUUCCAAAGAAGCCCAACGUCCUGCUUCUUCCCUCCAACGGUACCACCGACAGACAGGGAACACAGACAGACUGCCCUGCCGCCCUCCGCUCUCCCGUUGGAGCGUUCCCACCAGAAGAGAUUCCCGGGAAAGAGGAAAACCAGGAAAAUUACCUGGGAAUAGGGACGGAUGAGGAAAGCUCCAUGGAGUCUUCAUUACAGGACUCUUCUUUUACAGACGUGGAGGGGAGGCUCAGCAUUACAGAGACAGGCAGAAGUGAUGAUGCGGAGAGUGUUGAGGAGAGCGGUUCGGUCGUUAGUGACAAGACGGAACUCCACAUCACAGAGGAAAUGGAUGAUGAUGUCAGAGGACACACACCUACCACACACACCACAGAGGACCUGUUCACCAAAAUACACAGGUCAAAAAGGAAAGUCCUGGGCCGUAAGGAACCAGGGGACUCGUUCGGCAGCCGCCAGAGUCUGGCCUCCCCGGUGAAGCACAGCACCAGUGGUGGUGACCUCCGAACCCUGACCCUGGGCUCGACCCCGCGCUCCACCUCGCGGAAUGACAACUUCAUGGCCCUGCUCCAAAAGAAGGGCAGCAAGUCCAGCACGGGAGGGGCCAGAGUCUCUGCUAUGGAACUCCUCAAGAGCACAAACCCCCUCGCACGACGCGUCACAGAAUUCUCCACCUCGGCGGACGGAGGAGGGGAUAUGACCACCGGGAAUAAUGGAACCAGAAUGCCUCAGGACCAAUGAGAGUUUUUAAACCACUUGUCCCAGAGCAUUCUCUCUCUCUCUCUCUCUCUCUCUCUCUCUCUCUCUCUCUCUCUCUCUCUCUCUCUCUCUCUCUCUCUCUCUCUCUCUCUCUCUCUCUCUCUCUCUCUCUCUCUCUCUCUCUCUCUCUCUCUCUCUCUCUCUCUCUCUCUCUCUCUCUCGCUCUCUCUCUCGCUCUCUCUCUCGCUCUCUCUCGCUCUUAUCUCCCGAGAAAGUAGUUUGAAUCUAGUUAUAGACUUUUCGAUCGGACUAUUGAUGGAAGAAAGGAACGUCCAACCAGACCACUCAACCAGUGAUUGACCUUUCACGAACGUUUACUAACUGGCCAAUGGUUGGUCACAAUGGUCAUCAAAGGAGUUCUGUUUAUCACGCCGUCCGUUCCAUCAUUGAGGUGUAUUAUUCUUGGAGGUCUCCUUCAGUCUAAAGGAGAACAUUAGGAUUGUUAAUGUCAUGCUUCAACACACUAUUUUUUUUAAACGAGAGAGAGACUAUACUAGGGAACGUUUGAUUGGAUAAUAGACCUGGGUACAUCGCAGGCCUGUGGUUGAUGGCGACAGAUGCCACACUAGUCUUUUGAAGACAUGGGGUGAGUGUGUGUGUCGUAUUUUCUGUCCCUCAACUACAAGACAACAACAACGACAAAACUACAACGGUUUAAAUCGAAAACAUUCCACGGGAAGAUUGACAGUUGGACAUGGUACCAAGCCCCGACCCUUUAUGUUUGAAUCAAAGCACUUUGGCGACUGCCUACCGAGGUAGUUUACAACAACGAGGAAAUCAAACAACGCCUGUGUCCUCCCUGUUAUUCGUUUGUUUAUGUUUCUCUUUUCAUACGCGAUAGAAGGCCAUAUAAAUGUACAAAGAUAUACAUGCAUACCGUAUAAACUGAACAAAUCCGCUUGAACUGUUCUAACAGACUAUGUAGAGCCACAGUGUAUAGUAGUACUACUAACAGUAGUAGUAUAAUAGUACUACACUAGUACUAACAGUAGUAGUAUAAUAGUACUACACUAGUACUAACAGUAGUAGUACAAUAGUACUACACUAGUAGUACAAUAGUACUACAGUAGUACUAACAGUAGUAGGACAGAAAUACUACAGUAGUACUAACGGUAGUAGUACAAUAGUACUACAGUAGUACUAACAGUAGUAGUAGUAGUACUACAGUAGUACUAACAGUAAUAGUACUACAGUAGUACUAACAGUAAUAGUACUACUGUAGUACUAACAGUAGUAGGCUACUAUGUGAUACACCUCACAGCACACAACAGGAUCAAACCAACUGAACUGAAGGAGCGACGCUAUGGAACACAAUCCCACGAACCCUUACCCACGGAUCUCCCCGCACUGCCGUCAGAGUGUGUGUGUACUUGCGUGCGUGUGUGUGUGUAUACAGGAAAUGAUAACCAAACACAGCAAGGGAGGUGUGAAAGAUGGAUGGCACAGAAUUGAACCCUGUGGAUCUUUCUGAACAGAGAGUAUGAUGCAGGGUUGGGUUUAUUUAACAGGGUUUAGACUGGUUUCUGUUAGGACCAAAGGACUGCCAUAAACAGACCAGUGGGGACGUGUGUGUGUGUGUGUGUGUGUGUGUGUGUGUGUGUGUGUGUGUGUGUGUGUGUGUGUGUGUGUGUGUGUGUGUGUGUGUGUGUGUGUGUGUGUGUGUGUGUGUGUGUGUGUGUGUGUGUGUGUGUGUGUGUGUGUGUGUGUGUGUGUGUGUGUGUGUGUGUGUGUGUGUGUGUGUGUGUGUGUGUGUGGGGACAAGGGCUUCAUUUAUCCGCCCGAAGGAGAGGAUUAAGUGGUCUGAAUCAUGUGGCUGUAGUCUUUGGAGUUUUCCGUGACGUUUUGAAACUGAGAGAGGAUUCUGGGCCUGAGGGGAUUCCGGAACUGUGAUUAGAACCCACUUUUCUAACAACCAUCACAAAACAAACCGAGACAGUCCAGGAAAACAGCUAACCAUCCAUCGGCCAUAUUGAAAAAUGCAUCACCCUCUUCUUUUUGCCCUCUCCACAUGUUCUUUUCUCAUACUGUCCGUUUUGUGCAGGGGUGAUGCCGCAGCCUUUUCCUCUCGUCCUCCUUCCUGGCAGGAACACAUGCUCCAUCUGUCUCUCUCUCUUCUCGUCCACUCUCCCUCUCUUCUCGUCCACUCUCCCUCUCUUCUCGUCCACUCUCCCUCUCUUCUCGUCCACUCUCCCUCUCUUCUCGUCCACUCUCCCUCUCUUCUCGUCCACUCUCCCUCUCUUCGCGUCCACUCUCCCUCUCUUCUCGUCCACUCUCCCUCUCUUCUCGUCCACUCUCCCUCUCUUCUCGUCCACUCUCCCUCUCUUCUCGUCCACUCUCCCUCUCCUCUCGUCCUCCUUCCUGGCAGGAACACAUGCUCCAUCUGUCUCUCUCUCUCUCUCUCUGCCCAUGGAGUAGCCCCCUCCUCUUCUCAUUUCGUCGUCAUCCCCUCAUCCCUCCCUCCGUGCCCCUCCCAUUCUUUCUGUGCAUCUGAGCUUCACGCUCACAGACGACACAGCCUGAAUGUCAAUGAAAGGAAAGAAAAGGACGCCGCGUUGAUAUCGUGUUCAAGAGUGCUUAUGUUCAACUGCAUCUUUCGAUCCAACCCUCUCUGUCAAAAAUACAAUUUUUUUAUUUUUUAUUUUUUUUAUCCUUCUGCUGCAUUGUGCAUCUGUCCCUAAAUCCAGACCAAACCAACCAUCCAUGUUACAAGGAAAACAGGAGGGCGGAUUGUGUGAAAGAACACACAAGAGACGGAUGGAAAAGGGACAGUGCGUAUGAAUGUCUGGAUGUGUACUUAAAAGGAAAGGAUAGUGGACUUCUGGACCCACUCUGACUGUGAACACGGAUCUUAACCCAUUCUCCUUUCACCACACUUUUCCAGAACCAUUACAUUGGGGCUGUGCAAACCCUGGUGCUAUUAAGCUACAGCGCCCCCCUGUGGAUGAAGAGAGGGAGCACACCCUCUAAGACUACUGCUCUGUCCCUCCGGCAACAACACGGAGACGCAACGACUCCAGAUAUCUGGAUGCUCUUUUUGUUAUAUCGGUCAUUCAGGAAACCAGAACAACAACGACGACAACUUAUAAAGACAAUGAGAAGAAUGAUAGAAAAAAAACCUAUGUAAAUGAACACGUUAUUAAUAAAUAGUCAAGUGACGCUUGUUUUAAAUAUUUAGUGAAUGGAACUACAUAAAAAAAUAACUAUGACAAAACUCAGUGUUAGUUUGCCUUGUAGUCUGGCGUGAUGUUUAACCUUCUGUGUUUUCUACAUAGAAAUAUAAUUACUAGAAUGGACACCCCUAUUUAUGUCAAUGGGGCCAUAAUGUCAAAUUCCUAUGGUCAGAGGUUCUAUGCCCAUUCUACUGGUUAUAUUCUAUGGUUUUCAGCUACCUUGAUAUUACACUCCCUUUGAGGUAUGCAGAGUUGUUACUCUUUCUGUUCUGAAGUACUGUAGUUAUUAUGGUUACUAAGGUAAUGCUGUAUACUAUGGUUACUACAGUCAUAUACUGUGGUUAUUACGGUAAUACUGUAUAAUAUGGUUACUACAGUCAUAUACUGUGGUUAUUACGGUAAUACUGUAUAAUAUGGUUACUACAGUCAUAUACUGUGGUUAUUACGGUAAUACUGUAUAAUAUGGUUACUACUGUCAUAUACUAUGGCUGUUACAGUAGUGGUCGUCACUAUUCCUACUAUUACUACUCUUGGCUGUACCCUUAUAUUGUUCAUAAAACACAGGUACAACGAUAGAGAGAAAGAGGGAGAGAGAAAGAGUUUAAACAAAUGUAAGCAAUAGAUAGAUGACCUAGUCCAAGACCGAGGAUGAGGCAGAAACACAUUUUCACACACCAAGGCUAAAUACUCACUAAAUACUGUAACUCUCAAUCCAGUUGCAGAUUCCAGCUCUAGCCACAGAAAUGGUUGCUCAGUGCCACACACACACACACACACACACACACACACACACACACACACACACACACACACACACACACACACACACACACACACACACACACACACACACACACACACACACACACACACACACACACACGAAGAAAUACAGAUUUGUUCAGUAGCCUACAGUUGGCACAUACAGUGAUUUAUUAUAGUGGGUUCCAAACUCCAAUCAACCAUGUCUAGGAAUGUGGUAGAGUAUUACAGAGUAUGGGAGCAGAAGAGAAAGAGGUAUAAGGAUAGGGGGGGGGGGGCGAGGGAGAGAAGGUGGGUAACAUUUCACGAGUGGAUAUAUCACUCCUAUCACAGUUGGGUUAAUACAAGUUCUGUCCAUCGAUUUAUUUUCUUUUCCUUCCUUCUUUCUUUCUUUCUUUCCUUCUUUCUUUCCUUAUUUCUUUCUUUCUUUCUCUCUCUCUUUCAUUCUUUCAUUCUUUCUUUCUGUCUUUUUCUUUCUGUGAUAAGGACAGCUCUUAAAGCUUUCCCCAAACUCCCCACAGAACAAUAAAAGUCUAGAGAGAGGGAGAGAAGAAGAGAGAGGGAGAGAAGAAGAGAGAGGGAGAGAAGAGAGAGGGAGAGAAGAGAGAGGGAGAGAAGAAGAGACAGGGGGAGAAGAAGAGAGAGGGAGAGAAGAAGAGAGGGAGAGAAGAAGAGAGGGAGAGAAGAAGAGAGGGAGCAAAGGAGAGAGAGGGAGAGAAGAAGAGAGAGGGAGCAAAGGAGAGAGAGGGAGAGAAGAAGAGAGAGGGGGAGAAGAAGAGAGGGGGAGGAGGGAUGACAGAAAAAGAUGUCCUUUAGUCAGUUUGUGUUUUAUAUCUUGUCUCUGCAUCGACAUCUAACAGCAGCACGACAAGCUGUUAACAACCAUCUGGUUGUCAUGACGCUAAACAAACAAACAAACAAACAGACAUAUUAAUCUUAGCCUUUGUCUCAAAUCACAUCCUACUCCCUAUCUAGUGCACUACUCUGGUCUAACACUUGAAAGUGUAUCAUAUGAGACUUGAUCGCACCCUUUUGAGCUAUGUUGAAGUGUUAAUCUGUAUAUACAAUGUAAGUACCAUUAGACUACCCUUAUUCAGAUUAAAUACAGAGAUGAUAGGAUGAUUAGGGACAGGAGUUAUUUUUCUGUCAAAAUAUGUACUUUUUUCCACCCAACAACAUUCUUACAGAAAUCUAGCCCCAUAAUUUUCCCUCACCACAUUACCUAACCAAUGCAGGAAAAACUCAGGGUCCUAGUUAUAGGCUAUGAGAAACAAAUAGCAUAUAACUCUCGGCCCAGAGUGUUUCCCGGUCAGGUCAUGUGGUCAGGAAAAACUCCUGUCCCUAUGUAUAAUGAUUAUAACCGAUAAUUAGUUGUACAGCAGUUAAACUGCUCACAGUACUCUCUGUAUGUAUAGGACCAGGACAAUAAUACAGUUUUAUUAAGUUAAAAGACACACACACAAAAACACCCACGAAACAAGAUGAAGUUUGUUGGGUUAGGCUUCUCAAAUAAAGAGAGAGAGAGUUCUUGGAAUUAUUCUAUUUUUGUUAUUUCUCAUUGGAAGGACAUAUUUAAAACUCUACUGCAUAUAGGAUUAUUAUUAUGAUAAUUAUCAACAACCUCAGUUUUCAGAUCCAGCAGUGUGGUUUAUGUAGCUGUUGGUUUGAACACAUGCAGCAGCUAUGUAUGUCUUGCCAAUGUGAUUCAAAUUAUUAUAUCAUUCAAAUAAAUUAUUUUUCUUGCUUAACACUGA